GCCUUGUGGCAAAAGCUGUCGCUUCACACAUUGAGGGGUCGGGUUCGAUUCCCGGCGAAGGGGUGGAAACAUGGGCGUGUUUCCUUAACACUGGUUGUCUAUGUUCACCCAUCAGUAAAAUGGAUACCUGGGAGUUAGUCAACCGGUGUGGGUCGCAUCCUGGGACAAAACUGACCUAAUUUGCCCGAAAUGCUCUACAUAACAAGGCGCUUUCUAUAUAGUAGAUUAGAACCAUGGAUCCAGAGUUGGCCCUCCAGAUGUUUGAAGAGGGGGGAACACUAGUCCUCCUUGGCAUGCCAAUUGGAACAGAGUUUGGCAUUGACUUAAGUUCCUGGAAUGUUGGUGAAAGAUUUAAAGGGGUGAAGAUGAUUCCUCCAGGUAUCCACUUUAUUUAUUUUAGUGCUGUAAGUCGCCAAGGAGACACAGCACCGAGAACAGGAUUUUUCCAUGUUUUUAAGCAACGAGAAAUUGUAGUGCGUCAUUAUGAUGAAAAAGCUGAAGACUUGAAAGAAGAUGUAGACCCAGAAGAAGUGGAAAGAGUUCGUGCCAGCCUACGUGAUUUGGACAGAUGUCUUGGAGCAUAUCCCAUAGAGUCCUGGGAAAAGUGGAUCUCACUGACACAAUAUAUUCCUUCUGCAGAGUUAGAAAGAAUGAUUCCAAAAUCAGGCAGGAUUUGUUCAGUAAUUGAAUUAGCAUCAGUAAAUGCUUGGCAUGGAACAAGAAAGAAGUCAAAAAGCACAAGCACUACCUCUGCUACAGACAACCAGCCAACAUGUUCUGGUGAUCAGUUUAAUGAAUGUUUAGAUUUAAGUAACAUGGACCAGCAGCCAAGCAAAUCACGAAUCAACACCCACAAUUCCAGUGCGUGUCCAGAGAUAGUUUUGAGCUCUGAACCUGAGAUAGAACCGAGGCAAGUUCUCCCUGACAUGAUACCCAAACCAGGCACAGAGUUUCGGUUUAGCAAAUUUCCAGCUCGACCAUAUCGUGAUGGAGCCACACCCAGUGAAGUGACACAAUAUAGCCUUGACUCUUCCUACAGCAUCAGACAAAUGAUAGCCAAAGUUGAUAACCCUGAGAGUAUGCUGGCAGAGCUGCAGCUGGCUUUUGUAUCUUUCUUAGUGGGCCAAGUAUGGGAUGGUUGGGAGCACUGGAAGCGCCUCUUGUCAGAAAUGUGUCGUGCAGAAGAACUUUUGCAGCAGUACCCUGAUCUGUACAACAAAUUCCUCUCCAUCAUACAUUUUCAGAUACAUGAGGUCCCAGAAGAUUUGUUUGUUGAUAUUGUUGAGAGCAACAAUUUCUUGGCAGCUGCAUUGAGAUCCUUGUUUGCUAAUGUUAAUGACAAUGCUGUAUCCCUCCCAGCAACAUUAGUAAAAAAGGCUCACCGGUUUAAAGCCCACAUAACUAGUAAGUUUAAGUGGGAUCUCAAUUUAGAGGAUGAUGGAGAAGAUGCUCCAGUCAUUGUGGAAACAGAGGAAGAUUCUCCAGUCAUUGUCGAGCUGAAGACUUAAUAGCAAAUGAAAAAGCUGAACUUGGAGCACUACCAAUGUUCCAACUUGAUCAUAGCAGCAUUACAAAAAUUUAAGUACAGUACUUUAAUACAAAGGUUUAUAAAUGCUUUAAAUUUAUAUGUAACGGAAUACAGUAAAAAACUGUACUUAUUCUGAGAAGUCAUUAAAGCAGUAAAUAUUA